AUGAAGCAAGGAAGGAGAGACGGAAGCAAGGAAGGAGAGACGGAAGCAAGGAAGGAGAGACGGAAGCAAGGAAGGAGAGACGGCAGCAAGGAAGGAGAGACGGCAGCAAGGAAGGAGAGACGGCAGCAAGGAAGGAGAGACGGCAGCAAGGAAGGAGAGACGGCAGCAAGGAAGGAGAGACGGCAGCAAGGAAGGAGAGACGGCAGCAAGGAAGGAGAGACGGCAGCAAGGAAGGAGAGACGGCAGCAAGGAAGGAGAGACGGCAGCAAGGAAGGAGAGACGGCAGCAAGGAAGGAGAGACGGCAGCAAGGAAGGAGAGACGGCAGCAAGGAAGGAGAGACGGCAGCAAGGAAGGAGAGACGGCAGCAAGGAAGGAGAGACGGCAGCAAGGAAGGAGAGACGGCAGCAAGGAAGGAGAGACGGCAGCAAGGAAGGAGAGACGGCAGCAAGGAAGGAGAGACGGCAGCAAGGAAGGAGAGACGGCAGCAAGGAAGGAGAGACGGCAGCAAGGAAGGAGAGACGGCAGCAAGGAAGGAGAGACGGCAGCAAGGAAGGAGAGACGGCAGCAAGGAAGGAGAGACGGCAGCAAGGAAGGAGAGACGGCAGCAAGGAAGGAGAGACGGAAGCAAGGAAGGAGAGACGGAAGCAAGGAAGGAGAGACGGAAGCAAGGAAGGAGAGACGGAAGCAAGGAAGGAGAGACGGAAGCAAGGAAGGAAAGACGGAAGCAAGGAAGAAAAGACGGAAGCAAGGAAGAAAAGACGGAAGCAAGGAAGAAAAGACGGAAGCAAGGAAGAAAAGACGGAAGCAAGGAAGAAAAGACGGAAGCAAGGAAGAAAAGACGGAAGCAAGGAAGAAAAGACGGAAGCAAGGAAGAAAAGACGGAAGCAAGGAAGAAAAGACGGAAGCAAGGAAGAAAAGACGGAAGCAAGGAAGAAAAGACGGAAGCAAGGAAGAAAAGACGGAAGCAAGGAAGAAAAGACGGAAGCAAGGAAGAAAAGACGGAAGCAAGGAAGAAAAGACGGAAGCAAGGAAGAAAAGACGGAAGCAAGGAAGAAAAGACGGAAGCAAGGAAGAAAAGACGGAAGCAAGGAAGAAAAGACGGAAGCAAGGAAGAAAAGACGGAAGCAAGGAAGAAAAGACGGAAGCAAGGAAGAAAAGACGGAAGCAAGGAAGAAAAGACGGAAGCAAGGAAGAAAAGACGGAAGCAAGGAAGAAAAGACGGAAGCAAGGAAGAAAAGACGGAAGCAAGGAAGAAAAGACGGAAGCAAGGAAGAAAAGACGGAAGCAAGGAAGAAAAGACGGAAGCAAGGAAGAAAAGACGGAAGCAAGGAAGAAAAGACGGAAGCAAGGAAGAAAAGACGGAAGCAAGGAAGAAAAGACGGAAGCAAGGAAGAAAAGACGGAAGCAAGGAAGAAAAGACGGAAGCAAGGAAGAAAAGACGGAAGCAAGGAAGGAAAGACGGAAGCAAGGAAGGAAAGACGGAAGCAAGGAAGGAAAGACGGAAGCAAGGAAGGAAAGACGGAAGCAAGGAAGGAAAGACGGAAGCAAGGAAGGAAAGACGGAAGCAAGGAAGGAAAGACGGAAGCAAGGAAGGAAAGACGGAAGCAAGGAAGGAAAGACGGAAGCAAGGAAGGAAAGACGGAAGCAAGGAAGAAAAGACGGAAGCAAGGAAGAAAAGACGGAAGCAAGGAAGAAAAGACGGAAGCAAGGAAGAAAAGACGGAAGCAAGGAAGAAAAGACGGAAGCAAGGAAGAAAAGACGGAAGCAAGGAAGAAAAGACGGAAGCAAGGAAGAAAAGACGGAAGCAAGGAAGAAAAGACGGAAGCAAGGAAGAAAAGACGGAAGCAAGGAAGAAAAGACGGAAGCAAGGAAGAAAAGACGGAAGCAAGGAAGAAAAGACGGAAGCAAGGAAGAAAAGACGGAAGCAAGGAAGAAAAGACGGAAGCAAGGAAGAAAAGACGGAAGCAAGGAAGAAAAGACGGAAGCAAGGAAGAAAAGACGGAAGCAAGGAAGAAAAGACGGAAGCAAGGAAGAAAAGACGGAAGCAAGGAAGAAAAGACGGAAGCAAGGAAGAAAAGACGGAAGCAAGGAAGAAAAGACGGAAGCAAGGAAGAAAAGACGGAAGCAAGGAAGAAAAGACGGAAGCAAGGAAGAAAAGACGGAAGCAAGGAAGAAAAGACGGAAGCAAGGAAGAAAAGACGGAAGCAAGGAAGAAAAGACGGAAGCAAGGAAGAAAAGACGGAAGCAAGGAAGAAAAGACGGAAGCAAGGAAGAAAAGACGGAAGCAAGGAAGAAAAGACGGAAGCAAGGAAGAAAAGACGGAAGCAAGGAAGAAAAGACGGAAGCAAGGAAGAAAAGACGGAAGCAAGGAAGAAAAGACGGAAGCAAGGAAGAAAAGACGGAAGCAAGGAAGAAAAGACGGAAGCAAGGAAGAAAAGACGGAAGCAAGGAAGAAAAGACGGAAGCAAGGAAGAAAAGACGGAAGCAAGGAAGAAAAGACGGAAGCAAGGAAGAAAAGACGGAAGCAAGGAAGAAAAGACGGAAGCAAGGAAGAAAAGACGGAAGCAAGGAAGAAAAGACGGAAGCAAGGAAGAAAAGACGGAAGCAAGGAAGAAAAGACGGAAGCAAGGAAGAAAAGACGGAAGCAAGGAAGAAAAGACGGAAGCAAGGAAGAAAAGACGGAAGCAAGGAAGAAAAGACGGAAGCAAGGAAGAAAAGACGGAAGCAAGGAAGAAAAGACGGAAGCAAGGAAGAAAAGACGGAAGCAAGGAAGAAAAGACGGAAGCAAGGGAGAAAAGACGGAAGCAAGGGAGAAAAGACGGAAGCAAGGGAGAAAAGACGGAAGCAAGGGAGAAAAGACGGAAGCAAGGGAGAAAAGACGGAAGCAAGGAAGAAAAGACGGAAGCAAGGAAGAAAAGACGGAAGCAAGGAAGAAAAGACGGAAGCAAGGAAGAAAAGACGGAAGCAAGGAAGAAAAGACGGAAGCAAGGAAGAAAAGACGGAAGCAAGGAAGGAAGGACGGAAGCAAGGAAGGAAGGACGGAAGUAUUAAAUUCCUUCUUUUUGUUUAUUCUCGUUGCAGCUCUCAUCCCUGAGUUGCUGGCUGCGCUGGACCGCCAACUGGAGGCAGAGUGA